AUGAGUGUUGAUGAAUUACGGAAGCAGCUACAACACUCGCAAAAGCGCGAGAAUCUAGCAAAUUUGAAAUUGACAAUAAAGGAAAAGCAGUUGCAUGAUUUAAUGGAAGAAAAUGAAGCAAUGAAACGUAAUGCAGCAGAUGAGAAUAAAGCAAAUUGUGUGAUGGUUGACCAUGCGGUUGGGAUGGUUUUUACAGCUAUGCGCGAAGGUAUUCGUAAGGCCAAUAAAGAAGCAAAAUUAGCUACACUUGAACUGAGAGGUCGCAAACAUGGACGAGAAAGCAGUGAAGUUAGAACAUUGGUAGCAAUGUGCAAAAGGCUGGAAACAGAAAAAGCGGAAUUGAGAGAUGAAGUAAGAAGAGUAGUUCGUUUAGAUACUUUAUGGAAUUACAGUAAGAAAACUGUGGAAGGAUUGAGAAAAAGAUGUCGAGAUUUUGAUAGUAUAUUAGCCGAACGUGAUGACGAAAUAAAGCGUCUACAAAUGGAAUUAGCACGCCUACAUGAGGAAAAUUCACGAUUACGAAGGAAUUUAGAUCGAAGUCAAGCAUCCCAAACACAAAAAGACGAUCAAGUCUCUAGAUUGAAUGAUAUGGGUCAUGCGGAUGUUAGUAUUGUUAGCAAUGAAAACGCCGAAGAGAUUGUAUCAAUAUCUAGUCAUGAAUCUACGCAUGAUGAAAUGGAGGAUGAUGAUCAGGUAGAUCGAGUUCUAACUCCUGGCGGUAGUGCUGUUGAAGCUAUAAAUGUCUCUAGUCCUGAAUCACUUCAUGGAGCUCCUGAACCAGAGACUAUAUCCAGCGAUGAACAGGAUGUUCCUGAUACUCCAUCCAAGAUUCAUCAGGAUUUUUAUAAUUUAUAG